AUGACAGCAAUCAACACCAUGCAGUUUGUCUGCACAGCCACCUCAGGUGUUCCAGACAUCCCAGAGUUUGUGUGUGUGGGGAUGGUGGAUGGAAACCCUUUUUCUUACUAUGACAGCAACAUCCGCAGAAUGAUUCCCAAGCAGGAAUGGAAAUCAAACGAGGUGGACCCACACUACUUUGAGAGAAGCACCCAUCACUGCUACAAAGAAGAGCAGAGUUUCAAAAACAACAUCACCCUUGCAAUGAAGCAGUUCAAUCAGACAGGAGGUAUCCACACUCUGCAGAACAUGUUUGGCUGUGAGUGGGAUGAUGAAACUGGCAGCACAGAGGGGUAUGAUUGGUAUGGAUAUGAUGGAGAAGACGUCCAAGCCUAUUAUGUGAAAAAAAUAGGAGCUCAAUGGACAGCCACUGGUUCCAGUGCACAGACCGACUUUAAGAAAAACUUCUUAGUUGAACAAUGCAUUGGAUUGCUAAAGAACUAUGUUCUCCAUGCAAAGAGUACACUAAAGAGGAAAGUCCCUCCUGAGGUGACCCUGUUACAGAAGGACCCCUCCUCUCCUGUAACCUGCCACGCCACGGGCUUCUACCCCAGAGGGAUCAGUGUCUCUUGGCAGAGAGAUGGAGAGGAUCUGCAUGAGGAUGUGGAGCUGGGGGAGACUCUGCCCAAUAUAGAUGGAACAUUCCAGAUCAGAAGCUCCCUGAGAGUCUCUCCAGAGGACAUGAAGAUUCACAAAUACACCUGCACUGUACAACACUCAAGUCUGCAUCAGGAUGUUGUCAAGGGUCUCCAUGAGGGAGAGAUCAAGAGGAACCCAAAUUUUGACAAUGUCCAUCACAUCACCAUUGUCAUUGGUGUAGUAACUGCUCUUCUUCUGAGUGUCACUGCUGUGAUUGGGUUCUUUGUGUGGAAGAGAAAGUCUGGUUACAGCAAAGCUACCACAAGUGACCAAGGGUCAUUGGACUCUCAAUCUUCAGGUGGUGACAGUUGCUUGGAGUAGCAUACGUUUUUCCAUGGUGCUGGAGAGCAAAUACUGCUUUCCACCAGACCACACCCUCAUUGCCACACAUCCUCUCUCCUCCUAUGCAGUGCAAGUGCCAUGAUUUUGGAGAAGAAAGUCACCAACUUGCACAAAUUUAUCGACUCACUUCUGCUUUACAAUUAUGCUUGUUUGCACCGGCCCUUCAUAUUUGUAUGAAUGUUUUUAAUGCCAACACUGCUAGAUGUGGCAUAGUUAUGCAGCUUGAUUUAUUCAG